AUGCUUUCACAAAACAUCUGUCUUGGGAUUAUGUUUCUUGCUGCAACCACAAUAGGGACUAUAGCAAACUUCUUCCUCUUUACCUCUUAUACAUUAAAUGUCCUUACUGGCCACAAGAUAAGUUCUUUAACUUUUAUUUUCACCCAGCUGAGCUUGGUGAACACCACUAUGCUUGUUAGCAAGGGAAUCCCACAAACAUUGCAGGGUCUGGGGUGGAACUAUUUCCUGGAUGAUGUUGGAUGUAAAAUUGUAUUUUAUCUUCGUAAAGUGAGUGAGGGCCUUUCAAUUUCCUUGACUUGCCUUCUGUGUGCCUUUCAGGCCAUCACCCUCAAUCCCAGUAAUUCCAGGUGGGCAGAAUUCAGAGUUAGAACCAUACAACAUAGCACCCCUUUCUGUCUGUUCUGCUGGAUCCUCAAUCUGCUGAUAGAAAUUCCUAUACCAGUAAGCACAAGAGGCCCAAGAAGCAGCAGUAACAUUACAAGUGCAUUUGAUUAUAUGUUUUGUACUUCAGAAUAUAUUAUGGGUGUUUAUUUGAUAAUAACCACUUUCAGAAAUGUGCUUUGUUUAGGGAUCAUGGUCUUGGCCAGUGGCUACAUGGUGCUUCUCCUACACAAACACUACCAGCAUAUUCAGAGAAUUCGGAGCACUAAACUCUCACCCAGAAGGCACCCUGAGAUCAGAGCCACCCAAACCAUCCUUUUACUGAUGAGCACAUUUUUCAGCUUUUAUUCACUCACCUCCAUUUUUAGUCUUUUGCUCAGUUAUUUCGAUCAAAAAUCUCCCUGGAUGUUGACUACUUCUAUCACCCUGUCACUAUGUUACCCUACCAUCAGCCCCUUUGUAUGGAUCCCCAGAGCUCUCAAGACUCUCUGA